AUGUCUUAUUAUUAUGGCAGAGUAAAACCUUCCCCUCCUGAAGGAGCGAAGUCAAAUCCAUCAAAAAGGCAUAGAGAUCGAUUGAAUGCUGAGCUGGAUCGUCUGGCUAGUCUUCUGCCAUUCCCUCAGGAUGUUAUUGCCAAAUUGGAUAAACUGUCUGUGCUGAGACUGAGCGUGAGUUACCUGAGAGCCAAAAGUUUCUUUGAUGUUGCAUUGAAAUCAAGGAGUCCAGCAAAGCCUGAAAGAAAUAGCAUGCAGGACAGCAACAGCACCAUGCAGACCAGAGGGAGAAUGCAUAUGCUAGAAGGUGAACUUUUGCUGCAGGCAUUAAAUGGCUUUGUGGUAGUGGUCACAUCAGAUGCCCACAUAUUUUAUGUGUCUUCUACAAUCCAGGAUUAUUUGGGCUUCCAGCAGUCUGACAUUAUACACCAGUGUGUAUUUGAAUUAAUUCACACAGAAGAUAGACCAGAAUUCCAACGUCAGAUUCACUGGGCUCUUAAUCCUAUACAGUCCACAGAUUCUGGACAGAUAAUGCAAGGAGAUAAUGGCUUUCAACAAUCAGCAACAUAUUACAACCCUGAACAGCUACCUCCAGAGAAUUCGUCCUUCAUGGAGCGAAAUUUCAUUUGUAGGUUACGCUGUCUCUUGGAUAAUUCAUCUGGAUUUUUGGCUAUGAAUUUUCAAGGGAGAUUAAAGUUUCUCCAUGGUCAGAACAAGAAAGGGAAAGAUGGAACUGUUAUAUCACCUCAGCUGGCUUUGUUUGCAGUGGCUACUCCACUUCAGCCCCCUUCCAUUCUUGAAAUUCGUACAAAGAAUUUUAUUUUCAGAACCAAACAUAAGCUGGACUUCACACCAACUGGAUGUGAUGCAAAGGGAAGAAUUGUGCUGGGUUACACUGAGGCAGAACUUUGCAUGAGAGGAACAGGUUACCAGUUUAUCCAUGCAGCCGAUAUGCUUUAUUGUGCUGAGAACCAUGUCAGAAUGAUAAAAACUGGAGAGAGUGGUAUGACAGUGUUUAGACUUCUUACCAAGGAAAAUCGAUGGGCCUGGGUUCAAGCAAAUGCUCGCCUAGUUUAUAAAAAUGGAAGACCAGAUUAUAUCAUUGCCACACAGAGACCUCUUACAGAUGAAGAAGGGGCAGAGCAUUUACGAAAACGUAAUAUGAAACUGCCUUUCAUGUUUGCUACAGGUGAGGCUGUGUUGUAUGAAGUAGCAUUUCCUCAGCCUGGUAUAGUGGAUUCAUCUCAGACAAAGGUUAGAAGUGGUGUUGGAAAAGGAAUUGCUUCCAAGGCUGUACUGUGUAAAGAAUCUGUUGAUCCCAAUUCACUUUUGGGAGCAAUGUUGCAGCAGGAUGAAUCAGUUUAUCUUUGCCCACCUGCUUCAAAUAAAAUCUCUCUUGAGAGGGACUUUUUUGCAGAUAGUAGAGGUGAACUGAGCAGCAUGAUGGCCAGAAAUUGGCAGGAUGCUUUUUUAUCAGGAGGGAAUAAUAGCAUCCUCAAACAGGAGCUGCCUGACUGUCCUCAAGAUAGUAACUUGAUGGUUCCCGAAGAAAAUGUAGGGCUUUUUCAGGAUAACAAAAACAGUGAAUUGUUCAAUAUCAUGAAUAUGCUCGAGGCUGACUUUGAUGAUACAGACAUUAGUUUUCAGCCGGACGAGGAGUUUUUUAAGAAUGAUUUUGCUGGUGUGGAUGACAUUAGAGACUUUGACAUAACUGAUGAAAUCUUGACCUAUGUUCAGGAGUCUUUAAAUAAGACAGAUGUCUUGUAUUCAAGUUGCCAGCAGCAGGAGCCCAUGUUUCAGAAUUCUGCUUGUUUAAUGCAGCAGCAAAUAGAUCAACAGCAGAUAUCAACAGUGAUGGAACAGCAGCUGCCACAGCAGCUGCCACAGCAACAGCAACUGUGCCAGAAGAUGAAGCACAUGCAGGUCAAUGGUAUGUUCACAAACUGGAACUCUCUCAGUAGCACAAGUCUUAACACUUCACAACAGCAGAUGCAACCAUUUAAUUUUUCUGACAUACAAGAAAUAACUCAGGAGUUUCCUUACAAAUCUGAAGACAGUACAGCAUCAUAUGCCUGUAGAGAGGAAUAUACUCCAUACAAGCAACCUACCAGCACUAUGUCCCAAUUCACAGAUUUUACAGAGGUAGACUUUUUCACUGAAAACUUUAAUCUGUCUACUUUUUCAAGUUCUUCUGAUUUAGAUUUUAUGAACUGUUUUCAAGUCCCUGAAAGUCAGUCUUGUGAGCAGAACUCUCAGCAAGUUACAGAUGCUUCAGAGGCAUGCUAUGCUGGGGCUUUGUCAAUGUAUCAAUGUGUGUCUGAAACCCAGUCAAACGGCCCAGAGCAAAUGCAGUAUGAUCCUGUAUUAUUGGAACAACAGCCAUCAAACAAGUUUCAGAAUAUUUUUGCUGAAGAAACCUUUCGUGAUGAAUAUCUACAGCAAUUAAAUGCUGUUAGCACUCAACCUGGAACACAUCUUCAGCCACUUCAUCAUUCAACAGAAUCCAGAUCAUUCUCAGAUUUGGCAUCCAAUGGUUUUGUGUAGUUCAACAACAAAGUCCUGCAAAGAAUUUGAUCAAGGCUCUUAGUGGAGAAUGAAAAUCAGAUAUUGCACUUAAUAUGCAUGCAUAUAGAAUACGUCAUUCAAAACUUAAAUGUUUAUAUGUGGAAGUUGGAGCUAUUAUUUUAGCCUAAAAAGUGUGCACAUGUCAGUGAGAGUAUGCACCAUUGUAAUAUAAUUGCUGCAUCACAUUUAGAGCAUAAGAUAAGGCAAAUGGUUUUAUUGUUUUAAAAAUAAAAUGGAUAGUCUGAGAAUCUUAUUUGGAAUAGCAUAAAAAUUCCAUACAUUACUUCAAGCUUUUUUGAACCUGGUGUUCUAGUCAGAAGAGCAAGUAAAGCAUAUAGUUUAAUUGCGUACUUGCCUAUGAUUUUCUGUUUCUUUUAUUUUACACUUCAGGUUCUAGCACUUUAAUAGAAAGAUAGAAAAAAUGAAAUGCAAUUUUAGGUUUUGUACAAGAAAUGUCAUUGCAUUACUUCUUUACAGUUAGCCUAAGUGCCUCACAAUGUAGCUUCAUUAUCUUCAAAAGGCACUUGUAGGAAAGGAGAAGAUACUCAUUAUGAAAACCAAUAGUCCGUAUUUUAUGGCUGUUCUUUUGUUGCUGUAGUUUGUUUGAAAGCGAAGGAUAUUACUUUAGCUUUCUAUUUCUACUAAAUAUAAUUUUGCUUUUUUAGGGCUUCAGGUAAGGCUGCUUGUAAGAGAUUAAGAUUUUUGAUUUUAUGUUCAGCUGCUUUUUUGCAUUCUUCAGGUAGAACAGGGUAAAACAGGCAUCUUGUAGGAGUAUACACCUCCUAAAAACUAUUUCUGAAUUUCAUAUAUUACAUAAAAAAACAUGUGCCUUAUCUUGUGUUGCAAUGCUUAUUCAGAAGUCUUUUCUUAAAAAAAGCAUAACCCUGUUCUAUGCAAAUAAUUCCAUUGAAAUUGUUACUGAAUGGUUAAUUUUAAAAAUAGCCUAAAUAAUGUUUUAGAAGUAAAUACUAUUAACUUUUACUUUAGCUAACAUUUCUAUACCAUGUCACAUAUUGAUUGGCUGCUGUUUCCUUUUGUUUCAGUGGGAACAGUCCACUGACAUUAAAUAUCCCUGAUGAUUGCACUCUGAAAGAAAAAGCUCUUUCUAUUUUGCAAAUUCACUUUAAAUGUCUUUGUUCGCCUGAUAAAAUUUAAAAUUUAUUUUAAUUCAAAUGUAGAAAGAAAUUAUCCUUGCAAAAGAAAAGAUACUUUAAAUUUUGUUUUAAAGUGUAAAAAAACCAAACCCUAAUAUUAGGGAUUUUUUUUAACCUGAAGAUUUUUUAGUAAUGUAAGCACCAAUGUUUGGUGUUUUGUAGUAGUUUAAGUGGGGGCAGGAAAUAUACAUGUACAAGUGAAUGAAUGCCAAUAUAUGAUGUGUAGUUAACAUACAAUAAGUUCCAUUUAUAACAUUAUAAAAUACUUUAAAGAAGGUAAUUUUAAAUUGUUAUCCGAUACACAUACGUAACAUAUAUUGCAUAACUGUAUACCGCAAAUGACAGAGUAGUGUUGUUGGAUUUUUUAUUUUUUUUUUAUGAAAAUUUUGCCUCAGGAUUACGUUCAGAUUUUUGAUGAAAUAACUGUUUCAGUCAAAUUUAAUGAAAAAAAAUGCAAGGAAUGUUUUGUAGGUGCGUGACUGUAGGUGAGUUGGUUUCAAGUGAUUCAAAUGAGCUAGAUUUAAAAAAAAUUCCCAAAUUUAUAUAAUACAGAUCUUCUAGAAAAGAUUAUUACGUAAUUUGUACAAUUUUAAGUUUAACAACUAGCACAACUUUUAAAGAGCUUUAAAAAGUACUUUUUGAUUGCAUACUACAAUCAAGUAACAUACAUAAAUAAAUAUAAUUUUAGAACCAUAUUGUCUGUAAGGCACUAGAAGCUUUGCUCUGCCCAUUUAUUAGUUCAGUAGUAAUUUAAUUAUUUCUGAAAAUUUCAUAUGGUCUUGUUUCUAAAUGAUUUCUAUUGCUUUUUUUUUAAAAAAAAGUACAUGAUUAUUAUUACUAUUACAAGGGUAAUGUUAGCAAUCAGAAAACCUACUUUAAAAAGUCAAGGUUCAAAGGGAUAGCGUACUUUUUAUAUAAAAAGAAAAAUGUGGGAACAGUCACAACAAAAAAAUUCUGUGUAUCAUUUCACUGCUAUGCCAAAUAUUAUCCAAUCACGUAAGUGCCAAGGUUGCAAUACAAACUGUGUGCUGCCUUAUUGUAAGUUAGCUUAUGUUAUGCAUAAUAUCAGCUGUUUUUCUUCAUUAGGUUGUGCCUAUAUACAACAAACCUGUGUAUUGGUGUUGCACUUUUGAUCUACAUCAUACUCUUAAAAGCAAUGGAAUUCUGACUUAAAAACAUACCUGUCUUCCCCUCAUUCCAAAGAAAUUAUUGCCUAGUUUUAAUCAGUAUUAGUGCACCCUUUUGUAGAUUAUGUCUUGACUUUCUCUUUCAUUCCCCAUUCCCUUUUGUCUAUGUUUUAUGUUAUACAAUUAAUUUCUUCUAUGUAAGGUUAUAAUUUUGUAGUGCUUUUAAUGAGCUUCAGUAAAACUUGUAAAACUUAAUAUAUGGUAAUAAAAUAUCUCCUAAAUACACUGA